AUGCAGAAGGCUGCUUACUAUGAAAACCCAGGACUCUUCGGAGGCUACGGCUACAGCAAAGCCACUGACACUUAUGGCUACGGCACUCCCCAUCAGCCUUACCCACCCCCUGCCGCUGCCAACUCCCUGGACACUGAUUACACGGGCUCCGCCUGUUCCAUCCAGAGUUCCGCACCUCUGAGAGCCCCAGCCCACAAAGGAGCUGAACUUAACGGCAGCUGUAUGCGUCCUGGCACUGGGAACAGCCAGGGUGGGGGGGGUGGCAGCCAGCCUCCCGGCCUGAACUCAGAGCAGCAGCCACCACAACCCCCUCCUCCGCCACCAACCCUGCCCCCAUCCUCGCCCACCAAUCCCGGAGGUGGAGCGCCUGCCAAGAAGGCCAAGGGUGGGCCCAAUGCUUCUGGCUCUUCAGCCACCAUCAGCAAGCAGAUCUUCCCCUGGAUGAAAGAGUCCCGACAGAACUCCAAGCAGAAGAACGGCUGUGCCGCUGCAGGAGAGCUGCGAGGAUGCCCGCCGGGCCCCAGCGUCCAAGCAGGUGCGCACGAAGCCUACACAGCGAGUGCGCAGCUGGUGGAGUUGGAGAAGAAUUCCACUUCGCCCGCUACUUGUGCCGGCCCACGGCAGCGUGGAGAUAGCCAACCUGCUGAACCCCUCACCGGCGCCAGAUCUGGUUCCAGAACCGGCGCACAUGAAGUACAAGAAGGAAGGACCAAGGCCAAGGGCAUCCUGCACUUUCUCAGCGCAAAGCGCUACGCGGCAGCGGUUCAAACCCCACCCCAUGGCCAGCAACGGCGGCGGCGCCAGCGCCAACCUGCAGGGGGAACGGCCGAUUGUGCGUGGAGGGGCAAUUUCGUCGACUCCAUGCCCGUCGAGGGGCCGUGUCAACCUGAACCCACCCUCUCGCAUCCGUCUUCGGCCAGCGUGGACUACAGCUACUUGCCGGGGUCCGGCAACCACCACCAUGGACCGUGCGACCCUCAUCCCACCUACACAGAUCUCUCGGCCCACCACUCGUCUCAGGGACAUGCAGGCUAA